AAAAAAGAAGAGAUCGGCUUCAGGUGUUUCAACAACCCGGCCCACUGCGACUCAAGAAAGUGUGUGCAACAACGUUGUUUCAUCGUUAGACAAGUACAAAUACACGGUUUUACUUUAUACUGAAAUAGGACAACUUCAAUAUUCGUAACUUUGCUGAACUUUUGUGAAGAGGAACAAGCUGCAAACAAAGGGUUGUCUCGAUCCUUCAUUGAAGAUGUGUGCCGCCAGAUACGCUGGUCACAGUGGCAAUCACGAGCGGAUUGACUUUUUAACCGAGAAAGAGAAGGCCCCAUCAAAGAGCAAGACCGGCGUCGUGAUUGGCGUUGUUGUGGCAGUUCUCAUCCUUGCAGCUAUUGCAGCCUUCCUCAUUUGGUUUUUUGUCAUUAAAGAUGCUGAUCCAGGAGCCAUCUCAAGUAAGCAGCGCCGUCUUUCCAUACCGGUUUUUAGUGGGCGUGUAAAGCUGGUUAAUCAACCUUAUGACCAAAAGCUGGAGGACCUCAGCAGCCCAGAAUUCCGGAGUCUGGCAGAAAACUUGGAGACAGUUAUUGGGAACUAUUUAAAGGAAGAUCCAGUUCUUGAAAAAUAUUAUACCAAAACUGUGGUCACUGGAUUCAGCAAGGGCGUGACAGCCUAUUACUGGUCUCGGUUUGACGUUCCAACAACUGAACUGGAGCUUAUACCAGACGUUUCAGAGAUGCGGGUGUUGGAUGCACUGGAGAAUGGCAUUAAACAAAGCCGCAUGAGAACUUUACAGGAUAUCAAGAUCAGUGAAAUCACUUCCUCACUCACAGAUUUUCGUGUGGCCAAGGACCCAAGAGCCGAUGAGUGUUUCAGUCCUCUGGAUGCUGAUGCAACGCCAAAGAAUUUUUCAUCUCCAGGGUACCCUACAGGCUACAAGUCCAAGUUACGGUGUCAGUGGCAAAUCCGAGCUCCAGAGGAAAACAUUAUAGUUGUCAAUUUCCUUUAUUUCCACAUUGAGGAUGACUGCUCUCACGACUUUGUCUCCAUCUACGACUCCUUGAGUUCAGACUAUUCUCAGGCCAUUACAGUGAAGUGUGGUCAGAGGCCUCCCUCUAACCCUCUGGAGGUUGCGUCAUCUGGCAACAUCAUGCUGAUUAACUUUAUAACUGACACUGAUGCAGGGAAACCUGGCUUCCUGGCUCAGUAUAAAGCUAUCCCCAAGACCAGUGUUAUAUGUGGUGGCACCCUGUCUGCGAAUAAGGGAACCUUAAUGUCCCCACUUUACCCAAGCUUUUAUCCUCCUGCAAUGGACUGCAGGUGGACCAUCCAGGUCGCCCCUGGGAGCAAGGUACGGGUGAAGUUCACCAUGUUCCGCAUGAAGGAACCUGGAGUGGACACGCGUGUGUGUCACAAAGACUAUGUGAAAAUUAUGGACACCAGGUAUUGUGGCGAAACCACCUCACUGGCUCUGACCUCCAACACCAACAUCCUAGAUGUUUUUUUCCACUCUGAUGGGUCCCACACUGACAAAGGCUUCAGUGCAGAGUACAGUUCCUAUGAUCCUUCAAACCCUUGCCCUAGCCAGUUUGCCUGCAGCAAUGGCAUGUGCAUUGAACAGAAAAUGAAAUGUGAUGGCUGGAACGACUGUGGUGAUAUGAGCGAUGAGAGGCAGUGCCAAUGUGACAAGGACCAGUUUGCUUGCGACAAUGGUAUGUGCAAACCGAAACUCUGGGUAUGUGAUCGUGUCAACGACUGUGGAGACGGGAGUGACGAGAAAAUGUGCGGUUGCGACAAAAACGAGUGGUCGUGUGGAAACAGCGUUUGUAUGCCACAGACUGUUAGGUGUGAUGGUAAGACAGACUGCGAAGAUGGGAGCGAUGAGGCCAAUUGUACAACCAAUGUGGGUGAAUGCUCUGGCUUUAACUUCAAGUGUAAGAAUGGAGAGUGUGUCAACAAGGUGAAUGCCGAAUGUGACCGCGUCAGUGACUGCUCUGAUAACUCGGAUGAGUCCAUUUGUGAUUGUGGCUCCAGGCCUUAUAAGCUGAAUCGCAUUGUAGGAGGACAGAAUGCUGAGAUAGGGGAGUGGCCCUGGCAGGUUAGCCUUCACUUUUUAACCCAGGGGCACGUUUGUGGAGCCUCAAUCAUCUCUAACAGGUGGCUUCUUUCGGCUUCUCACUGCUUUGUCACCAGCAACUCAGCGAACCUGGUUCCAUCCAGCUGGCAAACCUACAGUGGCAUGCGGGACCAAUUUAAGAUUGACAACGUGCAGGCCCGCAAAGUGAAGACAAUCAUCCCCCACCCGAAUUACAAUCAGAUGACCUUUGACUAUGACAUUGCUCUGCUGGAGCUCACUGAGCCUCUGGAGUUCACCAACACCAUCCAACCCAUCUGCCUACCUGAUUCUACCCACAUCUUCCCGGCAGGCAUGUCCUGCUGGGUCACAGGCUGGGGUGCUGUCCGAGAAGGAGGUCAAGGUGCACAGAUACUACAGAAAGCAUCCGUGAAAAUCAUCAAUGACACUGUGUGUGAUGUGGUCACAGAAGGCCAAGUCACCUCCAGGAUGCUCUGCAGUGGAUUUUUGGCUGGAGGAGUUGACGCAUGCCAGGGAGACUCUGGAGGCCCCCUGGUGUGUUUCGAGGAGAGUGGGAAGUGGUUCCAGGUGGGCAUUGUGAGCUGGGGAGAGGGCUGUGCUCGUCGGAACAAGCCCGGUGUCUACUCACGCGUCACCAAGCUCAGAGAAUGGAUCAGAGAGCAGAUAAAUAUUUGAUGGUCAUGUGAGGAACAGGGUGGGUUGCAGAGCAAGGAACAUCAUCAGUGCUUAAAAAAAAUCCUGGGGACAGAAAGUUUUAUUCUGAUCAGAACAAAUCUGAGCAAGGUUUGCUCAUUUAGCAGCAGGCUGAGAAUAUUGUUUCAUGGACUCGGCUACUCACAUGAAUGACUUCAAGCACUUUGUCAUUGCUAACACGAGCUCCUCCCAUCAAAAAAAGCACACCAACACACAAUUUUAUAGAGUUUUAAUGGCAUUCUUUAGCACAGUGAGCAUAGUUACCCCCAUCAGUCUGUGACCUGUUUUAGUGGUAAAUACACACAAUACAGCAAUUUAUGAAAUAUGUAUAGUUUGGGAAUAGUUUUUCCUCUUUUUAUCCAGUGUGACUGGAUUGAGAGUGUUUGAGUACAGUAUCAUACCCUGAAAAGUGCUUUUGUUUUAAAAUUUUAGUGUUAUAUUUUGAAACUGGUGCGAUGCCUUCAUCCCCUUUCUGCAGAGAAUGUUGCUCACUGCCAGUAGGCUCAUGCAGAAAAUGGCUAUAAAUUUAGGGUUUUAGGUGAUUACAGGAGUUUCUUUUUAAAACAAACACAAAAAAAACAAAAAAAAAACAAACAAAAAUGUAGGUAGGCGCAUUUUCCUAUCCUGCUAAAUUGAAUGAAAACCAGACGCUGCCUUGAAGGUAGAAAAAGCAGUAAUCAAUCUGAAAGCCCACAGUUUGUUCUGGAAAAUGGUCAGCAGUAAAGUACACCAGGUUUGUAGUCAGCAGACUCAAAAAGGCAAAAACACUAGCAUGGGCAUUGAAGAGUCAGACUGGAGUGAUUCAUAAGAAGUUGUAGCAGCCUAGAUCAGUUUGUUUUAUAUUUACAGAGGGCCUCGUCUGUGAAUUAUUUGCCAAAAUGUCAUAUUCAAAAGGAGGGCAGAGGAUGAUGUUUAGGUCUAGCUGUCUUUUGAACACAUCUCUCAGGUCACUCUCUCAGGUCACUCUCUCAGGUCAGCUGGGGUCUUCCGUCACACAGCCUGACUGUAAAUUAGUGGCGUUUUCACUAGUUUCUCAUAGUUUUCCUAUGAGAGCUUCCUCUGUUUGGUCACUGCCAAAGCAACUCAUAUGACCUGAUGGCUUAUUCUAAUCCACAUGUCAAACUGAUUCUGGAACUGUUACACUCAGGAUAAGUACUCUAGAGAUUUUCCAUAAGUUUUUAUUUAUUGAAGGGGAGAAAAUUUAGACUAAAUAAUAGUUCAGGAUAAUCCUCAGCUGGUUUUGUUUUUGUAAAUUCUGUUGAGACUUCGAAUAGUUUAAAAGUGUUGAUGUGUAUUUUUUUUUUUUUUUUAAAGCAGGGAGAGGCUACACAUUUUAGAUAUUUUCAUGAACAUUGUAUACUGACCAUUUUAUUCUGUGUGUGUGUGUGUGUGUGUGUGUUUGUAUCUAUUUUUAUAUGAGCCAUGAUAAUAAACAUCUUUUAUCUGA